UCUUCUCAGUACACCUCACCCCGAGGAAGGGGAUGGGGGGAUGAUUGGAGCAAAGUAAACUAAACUACAAGCGAAGUCUUCAAUGUAUUUAUACUGUAUACAUAAAACAGUGUAUAUAUCUGCGUGUAUAUAUAGAUUAUAGAGAGAUAUCUUCUUUUUCAUUCUCUGCGUAUUGAAAAAAAAAAUAAAAUCCAAUCUCUAUAUCCUCUGAUUGAUUGUUGUUCAACGAAAAUGGUGAUGCUAGUGGAUUGCUCCGGCUGCCGGACGCCGUUGCAGCUCCCGCCGGGAGCCAAGACCAUCCGCUGCGCCGUCUGCCACGCCGUCACGCGCGUCGUUGCUCCUCCACCGCCGGCGCCGCCGCCCUACUUACAACCCGCCCCUCAAUACUACCCUCCUCGCCCCUCUUCCUACAACCACCCGCCUCCGCCCCCCGUUCACGGGCGCAAGAGGGCCGUGAUUAUCGGGAUUUGUUACCGGAACUCCAGUAAUGAGCUCAAGGGCUGCAUCAAUGACGCCAAAUGUAUGAAAUUUUUACUGGUCAACCGCUUCAAGUUCCCCGCGGAAUCCAUUCUCAUGCUAACUGAAGAAGAGACUGAUCCAUACAGGAUUCCAACCAAACACAACAUUAGAAUGGCGAUGUAUUGGCUUGUCCAAGGUUGUCAGGCAGGGGAUUCUCUGGUGUUCCAUUUUUCGGGUCAUGGUUCUCAACAAAGAAACUAUACGGGAGAUGAAGUUGAUGGAUAUGAUGAGACGCUGUGUCCGUUGGAUUUUGAGGCGCAGGGAAUGAUUGUUGAUGAUGAAAUAAAUGCAACAAUUGUCAGGCCUCUUCCCCCCGGAGCUAAACUUCACGCAAUCAUAGAUGCUUGUCACAGUGGCACUAUGCUAGACCUUCCGUAUCUUUGUAGGAUGGAAAGAACUGGGAGGUAUGCGUGGGAGGACCACCGCCCUAGAUCAGGUGCGUGGAAAGGGACAAGCGGAGGAGAGGUUAUAUCCUUCAGUGGGUGUGAUGAUGAUCAAACGGCUGCUGAUACCGAUAGUUUAUCUAAGGUGACUUCAACAGGCGCAAUGACCUUCUCUCUAAUCCAAGCAAUAGAACGCGGCCAAGGGACAACAUACGGGAGCAUUCUAAACGCUAUGAAAUCUUCCAUACGCAGUUCUGAUAGUGAUUUAGGAGGCGGCCUCGUGACCUCUCUUCUGACAAUGCUUGUAACUGGAGGGAGCAUUGGCAUGCGACAGGAGCCACAGUUAAGUGCUAACGAACCAUUUGACGUGUAUACCAAGCCCUUCUCGCUAUAACUACUAAGACUACAAUCCAGGUUCUGGUAUGUGCUGAUGUACUGUGAAUGCAUUUUGUACAGUUCUUGCAGAGGCCUAUCUGAAUUUUAUCAGUUUCUGAGUUUCGUAUGUUUGAUGUGAAGAGGAAUAUUGUAUUUCUGUAACAUAAUAAUGUUAUAUAUUCAAAGCAUUAUUCGUUUGUUGUACGAA